AGCACAAACACGCAGAGCCGUCGCGGAUGCUGCGGCGAGCGCACCUGUCGCACCUCCGCGCGCACAUAGCGACUCGCGGGCACCACACGCGAUAACACAGUGAAAGUUCAGUGUUUGUGAUCAAAAACAAUCCUCAAACCAUUGCCAGGAUCAACGCUAACACGACGGGGCGAUGUUAAGAGCGGCCGUGGCGGCGCUAGCGUGCCUCAGCGUGGCGCGCGCCUCGCCCUCCGAGCCGCACCAGAUGCGCUUGUACGCGCAGAACUCAUACAACACUCAGGAUCUGAACAGUGUAUUAACGAGUAUCGAGGAGCGACUCAGACUUCUGGAUACAAUAAACGCAGCUCAAGUGAAACAGGCGCGACGCCUGGACGUCAUACAAGAUAAAUUGGACCGCGUGGAGACGACGCUAACGUUGCGACUGGAAAGGGCGCAAUUGGCGGCGGAGAGGCUCGAGCAUCGGCUGCACAUGUUACAGACUACAGUACAGGCGUCGAUUAAGGAGAGCAGCGAGAAAAUAGAGCGCAGUCAAAUUAAAAUCGCCGAAAUCGCACAGAACCUAACUAAUCAUAUUAAUUCCCACGCUCAUCUAUUAGAAAAGGUGAGCGGUGCAUACGCAGAGACUUGGCACCGCGGUAUAGUGCUUGAGUCUUUGAUGAGGGACGGCCUAGCCCUGGUGAACGUGACGCGACGCGAGCUCGCCGACGGUCUACGCGCCCUAGCGAGACGACAGCGUGACGCUAGGCUCUCGUCAGCUGAUUUGGAGGCAGCCUUUUCUCGGCGACUGCACGAUAACUCAUAUAAGAUCGAUUUGAAGAUGCAGGAAUUAUUAGAUGAACAAAAGCGCUUCGUAGACUCAUGUCAGCGUGUGCAGCUAGAUGACCCCACGCACGUCGCAGACGUCUUGGACAAACUCAUCGAUUCACUCAUCAACAAAACCGCAGCUACAUUCCACGAGCUGCAGAACAUCCAGGUAACCAUGCGAAACCACGACAACAGGAUUAUGAAGCUCCUUAACAACGGUCGGCAAACACAGACGGAUUCAAACUGUCGUCGAUUAGAGACCUUAUUCCGAAAUGCGUCGCAUACGACGUUGAAAGAGAACGAACUGCAACAGCUGACGGAAAAAUUCGUCGGGCUGACGAACAGAGCAGACGCGGCGCUGCAACGCUUGGAGAGGCAGCUCGGCUUCGAGAACAAUGAGCCCACACCCCCCACGUCAGAGGUUAAAGAAGAAGCCGACCGAUUGCUUCUACACCUAAAUGCUAUCAGAAAUGAAGAGGUAUCAGAUGAAGAUGAUGAUUGGGAGGAUAGCGACCAAUACAAUAACCUUUUCGAUGAAGGUGGAGGCAGCGAUAUGAUGAAUGAAGACAAAAUUAUUUUAAAGAACCCACUUGAGACAAGCAUAGCUGCCAGGCGGCCACAUCGGAGACAUCUGCGCAAAGAUCCUUACGACCGUGGCCCUAGCUUGAAGAGCAAAUCUUUGUCUUAAAUUUAAUUUUAGCUUUUAUUAUAUUAUUUUAAUAAUAAUAUCUAUAUAAUACCA